AUGGACUGCCCCUUGAGGUUAAUCCAAGGCGGGGUUCCUCAGAUGAUAACUAGGGGAAGGGGUAAGAUCGUAAAUGUCGGCAGUGUUUCAGCUCCGCCUACUCAAAGAUACUUUGAGGAGUUACAAUACUACCUAAGAAACAUGGACAUGCAUAAAUUGAUAAAAAGCAUGGUGAAGAAGCCUAUCAGAAAAUUAAAAAAAAUCCACAUUCUGUUACUAUUUACAUCUUUGCCCACUAUUUAUUUUAUGCACAUAAUAUCCAAAAUUCUCUACAAGUUGGAAAUUAGGACUUUCGAUAUCAGUGUUGUAAGUGUGGUUCUAGGAGCAAGCAGAUCAAACUUGGGGAACACAUCUCUGGAGAGAUACAACACACUUCCUGAAUGGAAGUUCUACAAACUGUUCGAGGCCGCAAUAUGA